CCACUUUUCAUUUGCUUUCAAUCUAUUCAUUGAACUCCACAAACACAGACAGAUCCAAGGGUUGAAGGUGAAGAGAAAGCUUUUAGGAAUGCAAUUUUGGCAGACGAAUUGUGGCAAUGGCAAUGGCUCUUCUUCAUCUUCUUCAUCGUCGAUGGGCAACAACAAUGUUUACCAGCAGCAGCAGACCCAAAGCAGUCAGCUAGGUGAAAGAUCAACUAUCACUUCUACAAAUUCAAUUUUUUCUAUGGCGAAAUCUAUGCUUCCUACUCGAAGAAGACUUAGGCUUGAUCCUCCCAACAAGUUAUAUUUUCCUUAUGAACCAGGUAAACAGGUGAGGAGUGCCAUUGACAUUAAAAACACCAGCAAGUCCCAUGUAGCUUUCAAGUUCCAAACAACUGCACCAAAGAGUUGUUACAUGCGACCUCCGGAAGGUAUACUUGCACCCGGUGAAAGUCUUAUUGCAACCGUUUUCAAGUUCGUCGAAGCUCCGGAGAAUAAUGAGAAGCCAAUAGAAAAAAAGAGCAGGGUUAAGUUCAAGAUUCUGAGCUUAAAAGUGAAAGGAGAAACGGAUUAUGUCCCGGAACUGUUUGAUGAGCAAAAGGAUCAGGUUUCAGUUGAGCAGAUUCUUCUCGUAGUUUUUCUUGACCCGGAACGCACUUGUCCUGCACUGGACAAACUUAGACGACAACUGGCCGAGGCUGAGGCUGCACUCGAAUCACGCAAAAAGCCUCAAGAAGACUCCGGACCACGAAUCGUUGGGGAAGGGCUCGUUAUAGAUGAAUGGAAAGAAAGAAGGGAAAGAUACUUGGCUAAGCAGCAGUUUGAAGCUGUUGUUCCUACAUAGGAGGAGUCCAAUCAUUUUUUUUAUUCCUCUGGGGUUUGUGAUUGUGUUC